AUGAUAGAUGAUGAUGAUGAUCGAACGCGGUCUAUUUCAGCUGACACAACAUGUCUUGGAUCGGAUACGCUUAAUGAUAACUUGCAAGUCUCAUAUGUUAUCUAUCCUGAGUAUUAUUGUGUGUUAAAACUCUAUUGUUGCCUCAUCUCUCUCUCUCUCUCUCUCUCUCUCUCUCUCUCUAAUACUAAUCUACUAUAUUGGUAUCCUUUAAUAGACAAUUGUAAUAAUCUACCUUGUUUAGUUUUGUUUGAACCAAUUUGUACUUAUAUAAUAAUAAUAACACCUAAGAAGAAAGAUAAUUCAUCAAUGUCAAUUACAUUAAAAAAUAUUAUUGCACCAACACCAUCGGUAACACGUGGUAAACCAGUAUUUGUAAGUACUGAUCCAAAGGGAACCAAUUUGUUAUAUACAUGUGGUAGUGCAGUCAUUAUCCGUAACAUCAAGGAUGCUGCUGUUGCCGAUAUCUACUAUGAACAUCCAGCAGCCACAACUGUAGCCAAAUAUGCUCCAUCGGGCAACUACAUUGCCUCUGGUGACGUGCAAGGUAACCUCCGUAUUUGGGACACCAUUUCCAAGGAGCAUCCACUCAAGAUUACAUUAAAGGUUUUGAAUGGUGCCAUCCUCGAUAUUGCCUGGACAUCAGACAGCCAACGUAUCAUUGCCGUCGGUGACGGAAAGGAACGUUAUGGUGCCGCCAUCCUCUGGGACUCUGGUGCCUCGGUCGGAGAGAUCACCGGUCACUCCAAGCUCAUCCAAACCGUCGAUGUCAAGUCGUCGCGUCCAUUCCGUGCCGCCACUGGCUCGGAAGAUUUCACAGCCAACUGGUUUGAAGGCCCACCAUUCAAGUUUAAGCAAGCUUUGGCCACUGAUCACACACGUUUUGUCAAUUGUGUGCGUUUCUCACCCGACGGAAACAAGUGUGUCACUGUGUCGUCGGACAAGCGUGGUGUCGUCUUUGACGGCAAGACUGGCGAAAAGUUGGUCGAGUUGCAAGGUGGUCACAACGGUUCGAUCAUGUGCGUGUCGUGGGCACCAGACAACAACCGUAUUGUCACUGCUUCGGCCGACAAGACCUGCAAGAUCUGGGAUACCACCUCGGGUGCCUGUCUCACCACCUUUACCUUUGGCGACACCACCAACGACCAACAACUCGGUUGUCUCUGGGUCAACAACGACACCCUCAUCUCGGUCAAUCUCGCCGGUGAGAUCAACUAUCUCAACCAAGCUGAAGGCACCACUACCCGUGUCAUCCGCGGCCACAACAAGUUGAUCGGCGCCAUUGCAUACGAUCCAGCCACCAAGACACUCUUCUCAUCGUCCAACGACGGUGUUCUCUUCCAAUGGGACCUCACCACUGGCCAAGCCACCCCAUUCCAAGGUCAAGGACAUACCAACCAAAUUGCUCAAAUCAAGAUCCGUGGUGACGACAUUGCCACCUGUGCCAUGGAUGACACUGUUCGUGUCUCCAAGAUCUCCACUCGUCAAUACGGCCCAUCCAUCGCCAUUGACUCGCCAGGCCAAGGUAUCGCCUUUGCCGGCGAUGUUGUUGUCGCUGCCUCGAUGAAGAGUGUCUAUGUCAUCAAGAAUGGCAAGGCUGUCGGCACUGCCGUCCCAUACGAGCCAACUUCCAUCUCGACCAACGGCUCUGAAGUCGCUGUCGGUGGCAAGGACAACAAGGUCUAUGUCUACACCAUCUCUGGUGACUCGCUCGCCAAAUCACACACCCUCGAACAACACCGUGGUAUCGUCACCGAAGUCGUCUAUUCUCCAUGCGGAAAGUUGUUGGCCACCGCCGAUGCCAACCGUGAAAUCAUCGUUUGGGACGGCAAGACUGCCAAAAACUCGAGCUGGGUCAAUCACACUGCUCGUGUAAACUCUCUCUCUUGGUCUGCCGAUGGCAAGUUUAUCGUAUCUGGUGGUCUCGACUCUUACAUUUAUAUUUGGAGUGUCGAUGUCAAGAAUGGUGCCCCUAUCUCUUUCAGAAACUCUCAUCCAGGUGGUGUCAAUGAAGUUACUUGGAUCAAUGACAAGCAAUUCAUCUCUGCCGGUAAUGAUGGUGCUCUCAAGACUUGGGAUGUCAUUACCAAAUAA